AUGGGGGCUGCUGUCGAAGACGUCGUCGAGAUCGCAGUCGUAGUUGACGGCGAAGAAGACGUGGGCGUAGUCGUCGUUGAGGCGGAUGUCGGAACUGCAGUAGACGUCGACGAAGUAAAACUAAAAGACACCGACGACGAAAAACCCCCACAUCUCCCAAACCCCCCUCUGCACCCCUCCCCACAAUACGCCAACCCGUCGCCGCAGAAAAAGUACUCAGAACAGCAUGGUCCGAAGGCUGAGCCGGCGCAUGUUGUGGAGUUUCCGCAUUGGCCAUUUGUGCUGGGUGUUAGGGUUGGUAACGAGGUAGUCGUAGUACUUGUACUUGUACUUGUACGCGUUGUCGUAGAAGUCGUGCUCACCGAUGUAGACGUAGACGUAGACGUAGACGCAGAAGUGGAUAUAGGAGCAUCACCACACCUCCCAAACAACGGCUGA